AGUUAUUUUUAAUCUUUUUUAUUGUAGUUAAACGAGAUAAUAAUCUGAGAUAAUGUUUGGACAAGGUGGUAGGGGUAAGAUUAGAACGAAAUUAGAAACACUUCUUCGCCAGGACCACAGUGACGUCUAUUUUGACAAUGAAAGGCUUAACGAUCAACUUAAUCUACGUAUUGAUGAUAUGCAAAAAGAGCUGCUCCGGAAUGAUUUACAACGCGGUGUUGAAAUAGGAAAACUGCGCCAGGAGAUACGUGAGUUUAAAGCGUUACAAACUUCAAACCAGGAAGAAAAGGAGACAGCACCAAGACCUCAUACUUCUGUUGGACAUUCAUCGAGAAAAAGGACAGCAAACGCGGGUACCAGACAAAGAGCUCAGUCCGCGUGGGCGCGCACCCAAACAAAAGAAACUGAGACCAACGCCGAACCGGAACUUCCGGUAACAGAGGAGGAAAGUAGUCCGACAGCGCGGAGUGAUUCCCCGUCUUCUUCGGUUUCUACAUUAAGGAACUCUAAGACACUAAGAAAAUACAGAAAUAUAGGCGCCAGUAGCUUUAAAGAAAACAAUAGAUUCCCAGAGGAGUGGUACAUUAAAUGUUUACCAGCGUCAGACGCAGCUAUACAUAACGCGCGUAAAAAGGUCAACGGAAAGUUUGUCGCGCCUAAAUUUGGUUUGCUAGGUAAACUCAGAGAAAAGGAAGAGAUGGAGAAAAAGCUAGCCGCAUAUUCGAAAAUAAAACCGAAACUGGCAGAACAUAAAAACGGUGAUAGUAGUGAUAAACUUGAUGAUUCAGAGGGAAUGAACUUGGUAUGUGAGGAACAGGUUAAACCCGUCCUUAUGUCGCGUAGAAGACUGAUGGAAAUUUCAAACGCUGAAAAUCUUGUUGACAGGGGACCUAGUAGAAAUACCGUAAGAAAACAAAACUUAAAAGGCAUAAAUGAACAAGAUAACAAAAGAAUAGAUGAUAAAGUGAAAGAUUUUUGCAAAGCGAUUGAAGAACUAAAGGCCAGGGAGCUGAAAGCAAUGAAAGAACGCGAAGAAGCGAGAAGACAAGACGCAUUAGAGAAAAUACAAUUGAAAGCCAUGGAAGAAGCGCAAUUAAAGAAACAAGAGGAGGAAAGGAAGAAAAAUGAAGAUGAUGACGAUGAUGAUAGAUUUAGAAAUAGAUGGAAAUAAAGUUUAAUUAGUUCAAGUUAUAAAUUGCAUGUUGUUGGCGUGAAUAUGACUUAUUGGUUGAAUGGUUUAAAUCCAGGGGAUCUUGUGUUCUUACCAAGAUGUAAAAUAUAAAAAAAAAACAAAGCAGACAACUGGUACUUUAGAUGUCUGUAAAUACAUUGGAAUAUUUCGGCUUUUGAACAAUGAAUGGUUUAGUAUAUGAAAUACAAAUACCUGAACAAGACUGUUGAAGCUUUUUUUUU